AUGUUCCUCGAAGUGACGAAAACGAUCCAGAAUGAUAAUACUACUUUAAGUAGUAUUCGUCCAAAAACAUUGUCUUGGAUAUCUAGAUCGAAUGGCUAUAGCUAUACAGUCUAUGUUAUUCUAUUGAUCGGAACGAUAGGUAUGUUCAUAAUUCUAGCCAUAUGUGUAGCUUAUUGCCUAUUGAAAGCGGAAAGUAAUGAUGAAAAUCCGGAUAAUCGUGCGCUUAUACUUGAGACAUUUGAACAGAUCUAUGAUUUCUUUCGACGUCGAGCCUAUCAACAGGCAUUAAUUGAAUAUCAAUACAGAUAUGAGUUAAAACGAUUACAACAACAACAACAACAACAACAGCAACAAGCGUCAUUAAAAGAAAAUGAUGCUGAAGCUAAAUAUAGUGGCCACAAGCGAAAAAAACCAAUAAAAAAUCCAGAUAUAGAUCGAUGGAUACGGAAACAAAUGAAUGAAGCUAAAAUGGAAUUGAUGAUGGAUAAUAAAAAAAGACCUGUCAUACAAAUCAAAAAACCUAAAUUAAGUAAAUAUGUUCAAAGCUUUAUUGGUGAUGUUGCUUCUACAGCCAUGCGACGAAAACCAAAUCGGCCACCACGUCGAGUUGUACCACACCCAACACCUGCCACACCAAUCGAUCAAUUAACAGUAGCCAGUGAUAAUCAAAAAUCGAGUAUCGAAUAUGACGAUGAAGACGAAAAACAACAUUUACAAAUAAAGAAACCAAAAUCCGUAUAUCAUAAUUUUUGA